UAUGUGGACCAUCAACAACUUCAGCUUCUGUCGGGAGGAGAUGGGAGAGGUCAUCAAAAGCUCCACCUUCUCCUCGGGGGCCAAUGACAAGCUCAAAUGGUGUUUACGAGUGAAUCCUAAAGGGCUGGAUGAGGAAAGUAAAGAUUAUCUGUCUCUCUAUCUGCUCCUGGUCAGCUGUCCUAAGAGUGAGGUUCGAGCCAAGUUCAAGUUCUCUAUCCUUAACGCCAAGGGCGAGAAACCAAAGCUAUGGAGAGCCAGCGGGCAUAUCGCUUUGUGCAAGGGAAAGACUGGGGUUUCAAGAAGUUCAUAAGGCGAGACUUCCUCCUAGAUGAGGCCAAUGGGCUGCUGCCUGAUGACAAGUUGACACUCUUCUGUGAGGUAGGAGAUGUGGCCAAUCAUAUGCUGUG